GUCCAGAACAACAUGCCGACGCGAAAAUGGUAACAAUAACUACAAAGAAAAAAAUUCUCUAUCAAAUGAAAAAAAAAGAAAAGAAAAAUAUGAAAAAUUGAUUAAGAUAUUGAAAAAACAGUGAAACCCUCAUUCUUUAUGGGCCACCCGAUAUAUUUGUUUUCAUAGGUUUGUUGUUUAACGAACAGAUAAAGUAUUUGGCACCAUUUUGUUUAGAUAUAUGACGCCAGAACCUGGCAAAUGACAGUGAGAUUGAUUGAAAGUGGACGAGGAGAGGUAUGUUCAUAUUUUCUAUUUUUGACAUUUUUGUAUGUCAUAAGCAAGUUAUUUUAUCACAUUUCUAUCGAUAACUAAUUGUUUUCUUUGUAGUUAUUGUUACCAUUUUCGCGUCGGCAUGUUGUUCUGGACAAAGAAUGGUUUGGUGGAGAAACUAUAAAUGGGCGAUACGUAGCUGUCCCCAAAGAUGUACCAUCACGCGAUAUGACAUAUGAUCCACAUUGUCGAAGAAAAUUUAAUUCAACCUAA